AUGAUCCUUCUAAAUACUCGUCAAUUUUUUAAUCAUUUAAUUUAUAAUAAUGUAAAAAGAUUAAUAUUUUCAAGAAAAUUUUCCACAAAAUCAUUAUAUUUUGCCGAUAAAUUUGAUCCAAAUGAAGAGCGAUUCAAUAAAGUUUUGAUUGCUAAUCGUGGUGAAAUAGCCUGUCGAGUGAUUCGAACAUGUAAAUCGAUGGGAAUAAAAACCGUUGCUAUUUAUAGUGAAAUUGAUUCUCGUGCACUUCAUGUUCAACAUGCUGAUGAAGCAUAUUGUGUUGGUCCAGCACCAUCCGGACAAAGUUAUCUAAAUGUUGAUGUCAUUUUAGAUGUCAUACGGAAAAGUGGUGCCGAAGCUGUUCAUCCUGGUUAUGGAUUUUUGUCGGAAAACACUGAUUUUGCACAAAAAUUAUCCGAUAUGGGUAUUGUAUUUGUAGGACCAAAUUCACAUUCAGUACAUGCAAUGGGUGAUAAAAUUGAAAGUAAAUUAAUUGCUAAUAAAGCAAAAGUAAAUACGAUACCUGGUUUCGAAGGUGUUAUUAAAGAUGCUGAACAUUGUGUUCAAUUAGCACGGGAAAUUGGUUAUCCAGUAAUGAUAAAAGCUUCGGCUGGUGGUGGCGGAAAGGGAAUGCGUAUGGCUUAUAAUGAUCAAGAAGCAUUCGAAGGUUUUCGUUUUUCCAAAAAUGAAGCCAUGUCUAGUUUUAAUGAUGAUCGUUUAUUGAUUGAAAAAUUUAUCGAAGAACCAAGACAUAUUGAAAUACAAGUUUUAUGUGAUAAACAUGGAAACGGGAUUUAUCUGAAUGAACGUGAAUGUUCAAUUCAACGUCGAAAUCAGAAGGUGAUUGAAGAAGCACCAAGUACAUUUGUUGAUCCGGAACUUCGAAAAGCAAUGGGUGAACAGGCAAUAGCAUUAGCUAAAAAUGUUGGUUAUGAUUCAGCCGGUACGGUUGAAUUUUUGGUUGAUAAAAAUAAAAAUUUCUAUUUUCUUGAAAUGAAUACCCGACUGCAAGUGGAACAUCCAAUAACCGAAUAUAUUUGUGGCAUUGAUAUUGUACAUCAUAUGUUACGUGUUGCUAAAGGACAUAAACUAAGACAUCGACAGGAAGAUGUUCAAUUACGUGGUUGGGCAAUUGAAUCACGUGUUUAUGCUGAAAAUCCAUAUAAAAAUUUUGGCCUGCCAUCAAUUGGUCGAUUAACACGUUAUUGUGAACCAACAUUUAUCGAUUCGAAUAAUGUUCGAUGUGAUAGUGGUGUAAUUGAGGGUAGUGAUAUAAAUAUCUAUUAUGAUCCAUUAAUUUGUAAAUUAAUAACAUAUGGCAAUGAUCGUAAGGAAGCAUUAUCAACAAUGGCCAAAUCAUUAGAUAAUUAUGUUAUACGUGGUUUAAUACAUAAUAUUCCAUUAUUACGUGAUAUAAUAACCGAACCAAAUUUUGUUGAUGGCCAUAUUGAUACGAAAUAUUUACCACGAAUAUAUCCGGAUGGUUUUAAAGGACGACAAAUGAAUGAUGAACGUAUUCGUGAUUUAACAUCGAUUGCAGUAUCGAUAUUUUUACGAAAAUUUUAUCGUUCAAAACAUUAUGUUGAAAAUGAUACUAUUCCAUUGGAUGAAGAUUCGAUUAAAAAACAUACAUUAUUUGUUGAUUUGAGUGAAAAUUUAAAUAUCCAACAAAAUGAUGAUCAACAACAAAAAGUUAUAAAAACUGAUGUUGAAUUUAAUGAAUUAACAAAUCAAUUUAAAAUUUAUAUUGAUAAUGAAUUGAUUGCUGAAUUUCCAUCAAAUUUUUCAUUAGCAAAAUUAACAUUAGAUUUUCAAAUUGAUAAGAAAAUCUAUACCGUACAAUUGAUUUCGGUUAAUCAUGAUGGUUAUUGUCAGAUUCAAUUUGAAGGAACAAUUUUCAACAUUCGUGUUAUGAGUGAAAAAGCCUAUAAUUAUUUACAAAUUAUUCCACCAAAACCAAAGAUUGAUGCAAGAAAAAUUAUUAAAUCACCUAUGCCUGGUGUUGUUAAAUCGAUUGCCGUUAAUGUUGGCGAUGAGGUAAAUGAAGGACAAGAAUUAUGUGUAAUUGAAGCAAUGAAAAUGCAAAACAGUAUGAUUGCUGAAUCGAAUGGUAUUGUUAAGAAAAUUAAUUGUAAAAUUAAUGAUACUGUUGAAGGUGAACAGAUUCUAUUACAAUUGGAAUAAUAGAAACAAAUUCAACGACCAAAAUCUAAUAUAAUAAUGAUUUUCCCUUG